GGGCAGAGGGGGGCUGGAGGGGGGCUGGAGGGGCUGGGCUGCAGUUUGGGCAGAGGGGGGCUGGUGGGGCUGGGCUGCAGUUUGGCUUAAUCAGAGAGAAUCUGUCUUUUUCCUGUUUUCUAAGUGUGUUCAGCAGUAUUUCAGUGAAAAACGGAAAAGUUUAAAUAUGGUUCUGUUAAGAGUGGCGUUAUUUACGGGUCUGAUGUGGACUGAGAGACCAAAUCAGUCUCCUGCGUAGCUGAAGGACUUUUUCACUCUUGUAUGCUGUAGAUUUGGGUUUUGAAGUUUUAAUCACAGGUCUACCAGAAAAAAAAUGUGAAAAAAUAAAAUACAUUUAAAACAAAGGAACCAUGUAUGUUGUCCAAUUUCCAUUUUCUGUACAGUAUUGUAGAAGAAAAACUUUCUUAACUACUUUCAACAUUUCAAAACUGGGAAAGCGGGGAAAUGCAAAUGAGCUCACCGUAGCCCACCUUUAGUCAAGAGUGCUUGGCUAUACAUGCAUAUCUAUCCGUCUAUCUCCCUAUCUAUGUGUGUGUGUGUGUGUUUGUGUACAUACAGUAUAGCACAGGAGCUAGGUGCGCCAUAGGCUAUACUCACAGUGUAACGCUGAAGGUGUGUGUGUGUAUGUGUACAUACAGUAUAGCACAGGAGCUAGAUGCGCCAUAGGCUAUACUCACAGUGUAACGCUGAAGGUGUGUGUGUGUGUAUGUGUACAUACAGUACACAUACAGAAGCUGGGUGCCCCAUAGGCUAUACUCACGGUGUAAGGCUGAAGGUUCAGGUUGCUUCGAAAAAUAUCCAGCCGGCAAUAUGUAUGAAAUGUUUAACGACGUGGUGUAGCCUAAAUCGCUCAGGAUAACGGCUUCUGUAGAAUGUGGAAAAUGUACAUUAAGACUAAGUUGGAAGGCUUGGGCAAUAGCAUAUUUGUACGUAGUUACGUUAUUUUGGAUUGCGUGGUCCCAUUUCUGAUCUCGUGUCAGUGUGUAAAAAUUUCGGAGUCGCACUGUGACUUCACGUGCUGGAAUUCCGCGCGGCCACAGAACCACUCCAUGAAAAACGCUUCCCGUCCGUAACAACAGAUAAAUCCCAUCUGGACAGUCCGCGCGCCGGUCCUCUGCACGCGAUCUGCUCGUUUGCGCAGCCACCUGCGCCCGCUGAGGAAGGCUUGCGGAACGGGCGGGAACCCAAACAGGACUUCGAUGUGUAGCAAAUUAAAAGAGUUCAGGCACUGUUACUCUUUAUUCAAACGAAUAAAAACGAUAAUGUUUUUUUUCUCUUCCAAAUAGUAUAUUUUCAGUUCAACUUUAUAUAGCCUUUUUACAGACACUGUCACAUAGACGCUUUGCAGUGGAACUGAGGAAAAAACGACCGUAAACCCAAAAAGCGAGCAAGUAGUAUUAAUAUGCCAAGUUAUUACCAGUGAUAGCCAAAUUUGAGGAUUAACAGGAAAACCAAUCCUACUUUUAGAAAGUGAUCGGUAAGCAACUCAGACAACUCAGUUUGUUAAUCUAGUAAUAGAACUCGCGUGUAUAAACGAGUAAUUCCAGGUUCCACGUUUAAACGGACACGCAGCUAAUCCAAAAUUGUCAUGAAUAAAUUCAUAAAACUUAAGUAACUAUCCUGCCAUGUCGGAUGCGUUUUUGCGCGUUGGUCCAAGCAUUAGGAAAGAGGGACCCUCCUCCCCCCAUCUUCUUUCGGACGGGGCCGCGUUUAUGACGGAUGAGGUUUGCAGGGCGGAUAUAGGGAGAUGUCUGGUUUAUGUUCAGUACAUUUUGUGUUUCGGCGCUGAGGAAUUUAGAAGAGACAGGUUCCCUGCUUUGUGCAAAGGAGUUUGUCCUAGGGCCCCGAUCCCAGUUCGGUGAAUAUGGAGGUGAAGAGGACCGCCGCCUUGGCUUGCCUGUGCCUGGUCGCGCUGAGCAGUGCGCAGAAAGCGAGGCGACAACACGGCGCCGAGUGGGACUACCGACCGGACGAGAAGGGCAACACCAAGAGCUGUGCCAAUCUCACUAUGGUUCUGGAUAACUGGAAGUUUGCUAUCACCACCCAAGUCAAAGAUCUCCUUUUGAAUGACCACAGAACCGUACUGCCUGACUAUGGGAGGAUCCAGCCUCUGUCCGAGGCGCUGGGGGACCUGUAUAAGGAGUUUAACAGCCUGAAGGACCGGCUGGGGGAGCUCACCGCCCGCUUUGACAGGGCGGAGGCGUUCGCGGAGGACAUGCGGAUGGGUCGUGGGCCCCCACCCCCCAGGGCGGAGCACCCGGCCCUGCCCAGUCAGGACCCCGCCACCCCCGCUGCCGAAGGGGGCAGAGAGCAGGGCCACAGGAAGAGGGUCAUCCGAAAGAAGCCCAAGAGUCCUCCGGCCUGAAGGUGCAACCUGGGCCCCAUGCAUUCACUCAUUUACUCCCUAAAUCUACUGUUCCACUCACACACUAUACACACACACACAUAAAACACACUAUACACACACUAUACACACACACACAUAAAACAUACACACACAAAAACACACUAUAACACAACACACUAUACACACACACACACAAAACACACUAUACACACACACACACAUAAAACACACACACACAAAACACACUAUACACACACACUAUACACACAUAAAAACACACUAUACACACACUCACAC